AUGGACAUGGAUGAUGCCAAGCCCUCGGCCCCGCGGCCGCGCUGGUACCAGCGGUGUGUGCCGCCCUGCGUGGCCGAGCUGCUGGGCACUGCCCUCUUCGUCUUCCUGGGCUGCCUGUCGGUGCUGGAGGACUCGGGGGGCACGGGCCGGCUGCAGCCCGCCCUGGCACACGGGCUGGCCCUGGGCGUCGCCGUGGCCGUGCUGGGGGACAUCAGCGGUGGUCACUUCAACCCCGCCGUGUCCCUGUGCGUGUGGCUGCUCGGGGGGCUCCGCAGGACCAUGCUCAUCCCCUACUGCCUCUGCCAGCUCUGCGGAGGGGUGAUCGGAGCUGCCCUGGCAAAGGUGGUGGCACCGAGCGAGCGCUUCGCCAACGCCAGCGGAGGAGCGUUCGGGGGCACGGCGGCUGCCCGGGGGGUGCCCGCUGUCCUGGCGGCCGAGCUCCUCCUCAGCUCCUUCCUGCUCCUGGCGGCCUGUGCGGGACCCACCGAGGGCAGGAGCCGCGUCCCGCUGGCACCACUGGCACCGCUGGCACCGCUGGCACCGCUCCGCGCCGGGCUGGCCGCCACCGCUGGCAUCCUGGCGGGGGGCGGUGUGUCCGGAGGCUGCAUGAACCCCGCCCGCGCCUUCGGGCCGGCCCUGCUGGCGGACUGCUGGGACUACCACUGGGUGUACUGGGUGGCACCCAUGGGCGCCGCGCUCCUCGUGGGGCUGCUGCUCAGGUAG